AUGUUGUUUUCUUUUUGCUUUUCUCUUUUCUUCCUUUUCUUUCGCAUAUGCACGUAUGCAUCCGUUGGGAGUUCGAUUUUGCCAGAUACUCCGCCAUCGAUAUCAUGUGUGUUUUUGGGGUGUCUGGUUUUUUGUGUUCUAUUUUUCUUCUUAUUUCGACUUGAAUUCCCACCCAUGAUCUCGUCCUUUACCUCCUUUUCGGAUGAAGGAGUGCAGCUGGCGCGUUUCGGAUUUCCUUUUAUUCAUUUCUUUCCUCCCAAAGAUCUAUUGCUUACCCUUUUCGUGCAUAUGGAAGGAGCCUAG